AUGCAGAGUUGCAGACGCACCUCAACCCUGCAAGAUCCUUCCAAAUACUCUACUUAUCUACGAGACGACCACGCGCAUCGGAAAUCUGCUGGGCGUGGCUAUGCCAGCUUUUUCGCGCAAUGUCCCGGUUUCGAGGAGAGUGGGACCACAAACAAGGUAGAGACGGGAUUUGCAUUCACAAUCCGACGAUCUAUCAAACGCAUGAUGAAGAAAGGAAAGUCAGUGCUGCACAUGCUGCAAAUCCCAAAUGGACCGGCAACUGCAUACACGUUGCCGUGUCUUGCGGACCCGCUCGGGGCAUCACUUGAUUCGACGGGGCAAGACCCGGAACGGCGCAGAACAAUCGCCAUCCCUCCACGGACAACCACCACUGAGCUGCAACAUUAUCUGACAUGA